AUGCUUUGCCCAGAACGCCCCGGCUUGCUAUUUUUCUUGGUCUCCUGCUUCAUCAUUGUAUGGGGCUUUCGAAUCUUUGUCUUUGACAUUCCCGAUGCGGUCGCGUCGAUAUUUCACGGGACGCCGGAUCGUCUGGAGGUCGAAAGGGAAUUUGUGCAGCAGGCCAUGAGCGUCGAGUUCCCUGCUCCCAUUGACUAUGAGCCGAUCCGACAAGUAUGCGCUCGCACCCAAUUCCGGCCUGGCCUCGUCUUCAGCUGCGAGGGUCAACAUGGAGGCAUUGGCAUGGUGAGGAAUCAGAUCCUCAAGUGCGUGCGAUAUGCGAUUCAUGGCGGUGGAGCGCUCGUUAUUCCUUCCAUGGCCCUUCGUAACGCGAAAAACUUGGCCGACAUUGAGACCUCUACAGAGGUGCCACUGGAUUAUCUGCUGGACCGCGAUACCUUUGUAUCGCACUUGUCAAAAGGAUGUCCUGGAAUGCAAUUAUACGACCAUGCAGACGACUUUCCCUCCUACCAGCAUCGGACUGGAGAGCCAUUACAUAUACUUGGGGAUCAAUUCGAGCCGGACCAUCCUCGAGAAGGGCUUCGACACCCUCGACAAUGGAGGGAAUUCUUUGACAAUUGGCUCGAGGAGAAGUCCGUGAAAGUUUCAGCCAAUGCCCCAGUACACGUCAAGUUUGAGCAAUCCUUCCUCGAGUAUCCCGUGCAAGACGAUGGCGAGGCCUUUGUAAACGAGUUUGGAAAGAUUCUCUCAUACCGAAAUGACACUCGCGCCCUGGCGGCCAAGGUCCUUUUCGAGAUGAAACGCAGGUUCACGCUGCCCAUUGACCCAAAGACGGCCAUCAAUCCUGGCACAUACUAUGGAGCGCACUUGCGUCUCGAGUCUGACGCCAUCUGGGCUUGGCCGCCUGCACAGUGGCGAUUCUCACGAAUGGACGAACAAUUUGAACAGCAGUUCCAAAAUCUUGAGCGCUCAGGUUUGGGAGUCGUCUAUGUUGCGUCCGGGAAUCAGACCGUGGUGGACAUGUUUGCUGAGGCAUGGGGCAAGCGCAUCACAGCAAAUCCUGGAUCCGGAAGGAGAAACGUGACGGUAGUGACCAAGCAUGAUUUGCUUCGAGGACAUGACAGACAAAGACUAGAGGGCAUGACGUUUGAUCAACAGGCUCUGGUCGAUUUCAUGGUCAUGUUCAAGGCAAGCGCAUUUAUGGGUGUCGCACACUCGAGCUUUCCGUGGACGGUUGCGUUGCGACGUCACGAGCUGAGCAAGUACACAAGCUAUGCGAAUGAAGGUUCCGACUUGUUGAGAGAUGAGUAUAGCGUCAUCAUGGGAAUGCAAGCCGACUAUCCGGAAAUAGACCCCUUUGUCACCGGUAUCUGGCCGUAA